AUGGAGAUGCUGGAGGAGAGUGGAGAACCUCCUGCCAAACAGCUGGCACAGUCAAGCGCACUGGCUUCUCUGACUGGCCUGAGCGGACUGGGGGACUACGGCUCGGAGGAGAGCGAGGACGAGGAGCCGCCCAGCGCCCGGGCCUCCGAGUCGUCCGACACGGACGAGGAGGAGCUGCACCUGCGCAUCCAGGAGAAGCAGGACGCCUUCCGCCGCAAGGAGAGGGAGCUGCAGGCCCUGUUGGAGAGGCAGGCGCAGGAGGCCGCCAUAGCCCGCGAAAUGGCAUUGGACAGAGUGAGCAGAGAGAGGGCUGAGUAUGUGGAGGGCCAGCUAGACAGUCUGCAAAAACAGGAAGUCAGGGAGAGGGAGGCGGAGCCCGCGCUAGAGAGGCGAAGGUCACGCAGCGAACAGGAAGCCAGCGAGGUCAGGGGGGUGGGGCGCGGAGGGAAGCGGGCCGCCACGGUCUCCCCGAGCAACGGACGCAGCAGCUCCUCCCACUCCAGCUCCAGCCGCUCCAGCAGCCGCUCCUCCUCCCGCUCCUCCUCCUCGGCCUCCUCGCGCUCCUCCUCGCGCUCCUCCUCGCCGCGCAGGAAGAGGAGGCGCAGCAGCCGCUCCUCCUCCCACCGAGGGAGCCGCCGCAGCGGCAGCCGGGGCUCCCGCCGUCGCCACGGCGACAAGGCCCAGGAGAGGAGGCGGGACCGGAGCGAGCGCAGCUCCUCCAGGGAGCGCCGGGCCAGCAGGGGGCGCAAGAGCAGGUCUCAGGACCGGGCCAGCCGCAGCAGGGAGAGAGACAGGGGGAAGGAGAGGGAGAGGGAGAAGGAGAGAGAGAGAGAGAAGGAGAGGGAGAGGGAGAAGGAGAGGAAGCGAAGCAGAGAGCGCAGGGAGAGCAACAGCAGCAAGCACAAGCAGAAGGCCUCCAGCAAAGACAGGGAGAGGAGGAAGGACAGGAGCCGCAGCCAGGACAAGGACAAGAAGAAGAAAGAGAAGGAGAAGGAGUCAGACAGGAAGAGAGACAAGCAGAAGGCCAGGGAGAAAGAGAGGGACGUAGUGGUGGAGGAGAGCAAUGGGAAGUCCAGGCGGCGGAGGGAGAGCGAGCAGGCAGAGGCCCCCAGAGACAGGGCGCCCCGGCAGGAGAGCAGGGCCAGUAAGAAGGGCUCCGCCAAGCCUAGCAAGAGACACUCGGACUCCGAGGCCAGCAGGUCUAGCCCUGAGCUUAGCAAAGAGAAGAAGUCUAGAAAAUCCAAACGUAGUCGCUCCAGGUCGACGGAACGUUCUCACAGGUCUGGUAAGAAGGCAAGCCGCAAACACAAGUCUAAGUCACGAUCAAGGUCCAGGUCUCCGUCUCGUCGCCGACGCUGAGGAGAUCAUGUCUGUGCCCCUCCUCUUAAAUUCCAUGAGUUUAACAGGCUUGUCUCAUUGUCGAGGCAACAGUGUAGGUGGACUCUCCAGACCCCUCUCCCCCCCCCCCUACCCUCCUGCUCUCUUCCUUUCUCUCUACCCAUCCUCCUCUUCAUCUCUACCCCUUCUACUUUGUAAAUAUGUGUUCUUUUUAAGUGAAGCCUGAAAACAGGACAUUUGGAAUGCUAGGGUUUUUGCCUUGUAUCAUGCAAAGCAAAGUGCUUUGUAAGUCUGUAGAAUCUCUAAAGGUGUAUUAUUUUAAACCAUAACAGAAUUAACAGAAAUCACAAUGUUGAUGUAAUCCAAUAAAAGUGAAAUGGUCCCUU